AUGGUACCAGACAUAAGCGAAAAGAAUAUUAGCGGACAGAAGUAUCUGUCAGUAAUAAAAAAAUCAAUAGGCAAGCUGAUAUGCACUCCAGAGGAAAGAGACUGCCAUAAUGUGUUUAUGGAUGGGUACAACGCAGUGUACAGGUACUGCACUGAAAACACAAAAGACAAAUACAUCAUUGAGGGUGCCGAGGUAUACACAAUAUACGACCAGGCUCUGAUAAAGCAUCUGAAGAGACUUCCAGAAGACUAUACGCUUGAGACAUUCGUCCGGUUUAUAGAUGGGUACAUUCGGGCAAAUGAAAGGAUAUGCAAGAUGCUGUCCUUUUUAAGCAGAUACUUUGUGCGGGUUAACCUGGAGAUAUCCAAUGCGAACGUAGUGGCUCUGAAGGAUCUGUAUUAUCAAAGGCUAUUUUCAAUCCUUAUAAGCGGGAAGGAGGGCAGGCUCCACCCAAUGUUUGUGGAUGGGCUUAAGGAAUAUCUGGAAAUAAAGGCGCAAAGGCCUCUGGAUAAAGAUGCAUGCUGUAGAAAGCUAAAGAUUCUUCGGGUCAUGCUCAAGGUCAAUAUAAAGAUAUGCAAAGUGUCAAAUCAGAAAAAGUCCCUGAAAAAGCUUCUUAACUCAAUUGCAAAGUUUGUGGCUUCUCCGCGGAAAAAAGAGAGCGAGCAGGACCAGAUAUCCUUUAUAUACUAUAAGAUAGCAGCUGCAGACGGUCUAUUCAAAAAAAAGGAAAAAAACAAAAAGAUUCUCUACCGCAUGGUGGAGGAGAAGAUAGAUGACCAGGUUCUGAAGAAUUUCAUUGAAGGGUUUGUCUCAAAAAUCAUGAGAACCGGAAUAAACAAGAAGACACACGCAGAGAUUGCGCCUUUCUACUCAUUCGUUGAUAACUCUGUGAAAAGCAGGAGCAUUUUUGUGAAUACUGCAAUUCUAAUGAGCAUAAAGAUUAUUGAGAAAAUAUCAGACUGCAGCUCAUUUCUUAAGUUCUGUAUAUUCAUGGAGAAGCACUUCAGCUGCAUGCCGCGCACCUCAAAAAGUGUCAAGAAGGUGUUUGAGCUUGUGCUGAGAAGAAAGCUUGAGAGUCUUCUUGUAGAGAGCCCAGACACUCUUGAGUUUGGAAAUCAGCUGCUUGAGGAGGUCAACAUGUAUAUGAAGCAGAAGAAGCAGCCAAUAAUAGAGCUGUCUCUUAUUAUUGCAAAUGUGCCAGCACACAAAAAUGCCUUCUGGACGCAGUUUUUAGCAGGAGUGAAGAACAGACUAAUUCUGGGCAGUCCUGCAGUCGCAGAGAAGAAGCUUAUAAACAUUAUAACUCGAAGGCUUGAGAACUACAAGGAGCCAAAGCUAUGGAAUAAUCUGAAAGUGCAUAAAUCAGUUGUUGACUACAUUGACAUAGAAACACUCUACAAGACAGAAGAGUACUACGACACAAGCAACUUUGAGGAGAUCCUGAUGUGCAUAAAGGACAUUGAGAUAAGCGAGGUGUACUUUAGAAGCCACAAGCCUAAGAUGCAGUCAGACUGCUUCUUGCUUGCCUGCAUUAGGUGGAGCUAUCCUGCAAUACACAUGCGCAUUCCUGCUGAACUCGAGGAUAUUUGGGAGUCUGUCAAAGAGUACUGCACAGAAAAAGGAAGAAAGUUUAUCCUUCGUCUCUGCCCUACAGUCUCCUCAGUUACUCUGGAGGUGAACGGUGUAGAGGUAGAGUGUGACAUGGUCCAGGGAUCAAUACUUAUACUCUUGGCACGUGGAGGAAUUAGUACUCUAGAGGAACUAACAUCUGCAAUAAUGCUGGAUAUAACUGAAAAGACACAGGCUAUAGUAAAAAACAAAGUGCAGUCGCUGGUUGAUUCCUCAAUCAUUAGAGAAAGUGAUGGAAAGUAUGAAAUACACCUGCAAGUAUCAGAGGAAACAAAGCACAUAAACAUUUUUGUGCCUGAUAUUAAAGAUACACUGAAGGACACCGAAACAGCGCACUCCGCCUACUCAAAAAGUGCAGUUGAAGCAUACAUAGUGAAAACCCUGAAGACAGAAACAGGACUGGAAUCUUCCAACCUCAAGCAAAUAGUCAUGAAAAGAUUCCCGUUGGAAGAGGAAGAACUCGAUGCGUACAUCAUGGCUCUCCAGGAGAAAGGGCUUGUGUCUCUCUCAGCAGACACUCUUUAUUUUGUACCGUAA